AUGUCCGCGAACGAGUCGGCCGUGAGCACGUCUCCGGCGACAGCGUUGAACAAGGCUUAUCAGAUGGAGGUGGACCCCCGCGAAUCCCCCGCGCGGGAGGCUCAGCUCUCCUUACCUGCACAGGGCGCCCAUGAAUUAUCCUCUUCCUCCGGGCGCACAUCAGGGCCAAGCAAUGAUCAUUUGGACAAGGAACUGAUACCAUCCACAUCUAGGCUUUCAAGGCUACCGUCCGAGGUGCCUUCGCCCAAUACAUUGACCAGUAACCCACACCCCGUCGCAAUUCCGGUCCACCAGAACAACCUCACUACAUACACAAGUCAAGAUGUUCACCUCUUUGUGAAUAACUCGGCUUCUUCCACCUCGUCUACGGUUACUCGUACCUCUGGUCAACAGUCAACUCCACCCGAAACAUCUGUUUCGAGUUUUUCUCAACCCCUCCAUCACCAUGUCCUAACUCACCCAAUUCGUCGUCCUCGGACGUCUAGUACCAUCUUCCAAUCCUCCACGGAUUUAGCAGCACAUUAUGGAAUCCCCCAGAUACUGCCACCAGCACCACGCCCAACACCGCGCAAUACAGCUCCAGUCUACCAGCAACCAAGCACUGAUUCUAUGAUCAAAUCUUAUCUUAACAUGCUUUACAACAAGCCGACAGAAACACCAGAAGUCGCCCCCAGCGCACCACCAAUGUCUGCGUCUACAUCCACGUCGUCCACGUCUGCGGCGGGGCUUGACGCUCCCGUUGAGUUCAUCACUCAAGAUCAGCUCAAUGAUAUCGCCGCGAUCAUCGGUAAGGAUACUGCUUCGUGCUAUGGAAUCACGGUGACUCAUCUCUUCGGUUCCGUCUUCGCAGCGUCUUCUCCUGAGUUCCGCGACCAGGACACCUUCGACGCCUUUAUGUCUACCUCCCCACUCCUGCCUGAGCUCGACUAUGGCAGCUCGCCCUCCUUCGAUACUCCUUACAACGAGUUCCUCACCACCCCACUCUUCCAGGACGAGAACGUCCCUGUCAUGGACGACUUUAUGAACGAGCCUUUGUUCCCUAUGUUGGAAGAGCCUGAGGUUUCGAUUCAGUCGAAGGCCGUCGAGACUUUCGUGCCCACUCUCCAGCAGGAACUCUACUCUAUUUCGCCGUCGGCGACCCCCAUCACUCCAGCCCUCCAUUCCUUCGACACCUUCGAGACGGUUCCCAUCUUCGAACCGAGUAGCGUGGCUACUACUCUCCCUGUCACCGUCCCCGCUCAACCUCCUGUCGCACCCAGCCAUCCUGCGCCUCGUCGCUCUAAGGCCACUGGCAUCCGCAAGGGCGUCACUCCCGACAGCCUGCUCGACGAGUCCGCGCCGACGCAGCCGCGCAAGUACACGACGCCCUCUGCGACAUCGCGCAAGGAGCUCCCGGCCGUGUUCGCGCGCAAGCGCUCGCGGUCGACGGCAUUCGGGGAGGAGGAGGAUCAGCUUGAGGAGAUCCCGCCCGACGCGACCGAGGCGCAGUUGAUCGAGAUCAAGCGCAGGCAAAAUACGGUUGCUGCGCGCCGCAGCCGCAAGCGCAAGCUGGAGCAGUUCCAGAAGCUGGAGAACUCGCGCAACGAAGAGAGGCGGCUGAAGGAGCAGUGGAAGGAGCGCGCCAACGUGCUCUUGGGCAUGCUCCGCAGCAAGGGCGUCAAGCAUCCCGACUUCCCAGAGGAUGUUCUUGAAUAUGCUGAUGCGUAA